CAUGACAUAUUUUUAAAAGAUAUAAUUAAAUGUAUAAUAUAACAUAUAUUCAGUUACAUAAGUGUUAAAUGAUUAUUACCGGUCAGUAGAAUGACUUGUAUGUAUUGUAUGAUUUGUCUCUUAGCAUAUAUAUAUGCAUGUAUAUGUCCUAGUUGAGUGUAAAUAACUGUGUCCUUCAUGCACUAUACUAACAACGUGUUGUGUACCUACGUUGGAUAGAUCAGUAAUAAUUACGGAUUGCUUCAUUACAUUCUUUUAAUGAACACGUUCUUUUAUAAUUCAAAACAUUACUACAUAAUAUGUCUUGUGAAAGAAUAAAAAUAUUUCUUCUACUAUUUUUUACUUCAAUACUUGUAUAUUAUUAUUACGAAACAAAAAUAUGUCCAAUAGUAAAUGAUCAUGACGUCAAUAUCUCAUCAUGGGAAACCAUGACACUUUCUUUAUCAGCUAGAAAAGCUAAUGACUCUUUUAUGAAGUUAAAUAAAAAAAGGAAUUAUAAGCGCGAAAAUUCUGUGAAAGAACAUGAAAUAUAUGCAAAAAUAUAUAAUCUGACGAAUAUAUGGUCUUUCGAUAAAGACAUGAAGCAAUAUAAAAAUAGGAAUGUGAUUUCGGAAGUGAAUGAUAAAACACAGUUUCCGCAAACAUUUAGUAAAUUUUCGGCUCAAAGAAUUGCAUAUAAUACAAAUGCUAAUAUGAGGAAGAAUUUGCCAAAGAAUAAGCAGAAAAAGGUGAAAGUAUUAAGACAUGUGUUAAUGAACAACGUAUCGAAUAAAAAUGAAGAUAAUUCCAAGAGUACGAAUAAGAAAAAAUUAUAUUGGGUAUCAUUUCAAGAUGAAGAUGAAUCAAGUAUAAUGGAAUUAAUUGUUUUUAAUGCAAGUCAUACGCCAGAUGUCUAUCGCUCAUACACUAAUUAUUCACUUCGAUACUGAUCUUUAUAUUGUGUUCAGUUUUUUAAAUUUAUUAAUUUUUAAUUAAUUUAACAGCAUAACCUAUAAUUAUUUUAUAAAAGCAGCA